CCUAAAACUGGCGAUUCUAUAAAUAAUCUAUUUUCCGCUCAACAAUUCUAGGGGUUUAAGCUCCCCAAGGUAGCCGAAUACCGCUAGAAAAUGAGCUUCUUCUUUGUUACUAAACCAAAGUGUAUCUUUGCCAUAUUGUGGGAUUAUAGAACCAAAGAUUCUUCGGUUUGCUCCAGAAGACGUGGGGAGGGAAUUGGCAAAUCUACUCAUUUGUUACGGCAAGAAUGAAGAAAAAAAAUUAGAUGUGCGAGGGGUGUAUUCCUCUAUGAGCUUAACAUCGAGGCAUAUUUAUAGUUGACUUGCCUUUAUGGAUUACUCCACUGUUUCAAUUUGCUUGCCGUAGUCUGGCUUAUUGGUACUUCGGAUUGCUCUAGUAGAUGCAGGCUUUAUUUGUAAAUCUACUCUUUUUUUAUGGCAAGACUGAUGAAAAAAAUUAGAUGUGCGAGGGGUGUAUUCCUCUAUGAGCUUAACAUCGAGGCAUAUUUAUAGUCUGACUUGCCUUUAUGGAUUGUACUCCGCUGUUUCAAUUUGCUUGCUGUAGUCUGACUUAUAGGUACUUCGGAUUGCUCUAGUAGAUGCAGGCUUUAUUUGUAAAUCUACUUUUUUGUUAUGGCAAGAAUGAUGAAAAAAAAUUAGAUGUGCGAGGGGUGAAUUCCUCUAUGAGCUUAACAUCGAGGCAUAUUUAUAGUCUGACUUGCCUUCAUGGAUUGUACUCCGCUGUUUCAAUUUGCUUGCCGUAGUCUGACUUAUAGGUACUUCGGAUUGCUCUAGUAGAUGGGGAGAUGUACAAUUUAUUGCAAGCUUUUUGGUAAAUCUACUCUUUUUUUGUGGCAUGGAUGAUGAAAACAAAUUAGAUGUGCGAGAGGUGAAUUCCUCUAUGAGCUUAACAUCGAGGCAUAUUUAUAUUCUGACUUGCUUUUAUGGAAUACUCCACCGUUUCAAUUUGCUUGCUGUAGUCUGACUUAUAGGUGCUUCGUAUUGCUCUAGUAGAUGGGGAGAUGUACAUUUUGUUGCAAGCUUUAUUGGUAAAUCUACUCUUUUGUUAUGGCAAGGAUGAUGAAAACAAAUUAGAUGUGCGAGGGGUGUAUUCCUCUAUGAGCUUAACAUUGAGGCAUAUUUAUGUUCCAACGUGCCUUUAUGGAUUACUCCUUUGUUUCAGUUUGCUUGCCGUGGUGUGACUUAUAGGUACUUCGGAUUGCUCUAGUAGAUUGGAAGAUGUACAUUUUAUUCAAGCUUUAUUGGUAAAUCUACUCUUUUGUUAUGGCAAGGAUGAUGAAAACAAAUUAGAUGUGCGAGGGGUGAAUUCCUCUAUGAGCUUAACAUCGAGGCAUAUUGAUAAUCUGAUUUGCCUUUAUGAAAUAUCUUCUCCAUUUUAAUUUAUAUGGCAUAAUUUGGUAGAGCAUGAUGUAUUUCAAUUUAUACGAGAAUGUUGUUACUUUCAAAUUUUCUACAUAAUCUUACCAAUCUUGAAAUGUUCCUUCAAGAAUUGAACAUCAUUGUUAAUCUUAAUUUUUAGUUGUUUGACUUCUAUAUAAAUCGUAUAUAUAUUUCUUGCUUGUCAUUGGCAAGAAUGAUGAAAGCUACUCUAUUUGCAAGAGUUGCAAAGGACUCUGUGAGCUCUAAUAGUUAUGCUAAUGUAUUCUGACUUGCCAAUCUUGCCCUUCUUGAUGUAUUAGUUUAUUCAUUUAUUUGCUUACAAAGUGAAGCCUUGUGGUCAUGUUUUUAGCCAACAUAUCCUUUGGUAUCGAAAUGAUUUUGUGGUCUUAUAUUUCUAUUACAACGUACCCAGUGUUAUCCCACAAGUGAGGUUUGGGGAUGGUGGGAUGUACGCAGACUUUACCCCUGUGUGAAGGAGAGGUUGUUUCUGAUAAUCCCUCGACUGUGGACUCUUGUUAGUAACAAGAUCAGAACUUGCAACUGAGAGUUGGAGGCUUUUGUUUGAAGGGUUGUCGAAGGUUAGUGGAAGUGGCGGUUCAGUUCCAUCAGCAACAAGACAGGAGCUUGCAUUUGAUUUUUCAACUGUUACCUUAAUGCAGUCAUUUGAACAUUAUUUAGAUAUCCUUGAUUGCAAGGUCAGGUUGAGCAUGCUGUGAAGUGAAUUUAUCUUUUUAAUGUUUGUGCAAGUAAUGCAAGUGAAUGUUUAUGAAAGAAUUAUUCUAUGUACUAAUAUUAUUUGCUAAAUUUGUCAUCCUGGUUUCAAAUUUGGUUUAGCUUAAAGAAAAAUGAAAGCUCCUCAACUCACUAUGAGAAAACGAUUUUCUUGUUUGCGUACUUUUCACCUUUCUAAUAUGUAACUUGUAUUGUCCCUGUAACUGGUUAUUUGAAACCAAAAUCUACAGAAAAGGGAGGGGGCCAGAUUUGAGGUCUAUUAAUUUUCAUUGAAUACAAGAAAAGGUGGUCUAAGUAGUUCAUAGCCCAAAGUCAAAAAAAGUUGAAGGUUUCAAUGACUCUUUAUUGUUCAACAAAUGAUACUGGGUUAAAGAAUAAGACGAGUGACUAAAUCUUUUCUUUAAAUUCUAGAAGCCAACAUACUAGAAGAUACUGUAUUUCAUGAUUUUCAAAGAGAGCAGUCUAUUAUUGUUAGUUGCUCAUACAUUCUUGAAUAUUUGUGUUCUUGUUACUCUUUUGGGUGCAUUCAGAAUGUAAGAAAAUAUUUUUCACGAAUUAUAUUUUACCUUAGAACAUCUUUUAAUCAUUUUUGUGUAUUUAUUGAGUAGAAAAUUGAUGGCAUAUGGUACUUUAAAACAAGUAAGACACUGCUUGAAGAUGGAACAAACAUCUAUCUCUCGCCUUACUUCAUCCACAAGAUAGACUCUAUGGUGCACCAGUUACUAUUGCAGAGCUGAAGGAUUUCUCAGAUUGUAUACAUAGCCUCUUCCUGAAUGAAAUUCCAUGGAAGGGUGACUAUUAUAUUUGGACUAACAAACUAGCAGGAGAUGAUAGAAUUUGCAGCCGACUGGAUAGAACCUUGGGAAAUGAUGAAUGGAUGCUCCAAUAUAGUCAUGUUCAGAAUGAGUAUGGAGAAACAUUUAUCUCUGAUCAUGCUCCAAUGAUUCUAAACUUCCAAUCCAGAGACCAUAAUAUCAAAGCUCCAUUUAGAUUCUUUAAUGUGUGGGCUGAUCAUCCAAAUUUCAUGCCUAUUAUAGAAAAAGAGUGGAGGAUGCAGACUAAUCAGGGGAGAAUGAAGAGAAUAUGGGACAAGCUGAAAUCACUCAGGCCGCAAUUGAGACACCUGAAUGAUGUAGAAGUUAAAGGAAUAACCAUGAAGAUAGAUCAAGCAAGGGCAGCUCUGAAAGUAAUACAGCAGCAAAUGCAUCAACAGUACACUAACACUUUAGCAGCUUCAGAAAAGGAAUGUCUGCUAAAACUGGAAAAAUGGUCUUUAAUAGAAGAUGGGGUACUAAGACAGAUGUCAAGAAUUACUUGGAUUAAGCAAGGAUACUCGAAUACAAAGUACUUCUCAGCUAUAGUGAAGGAGAAGAAAUGGCAGAAACAGAUUGUGGAAAUAAAUGCUUUGGCAGGAGGCAAACUCACUAACAAGAAUGCUAUUAGAGAGGAAAUAAUCAGCAUCUAUAAAUCUCUGAUGGGCACAACAUCAUACUCUCUACCAGCUGUUAGUAGGGAAAUUUUGAAGAAGGGGCCUGUCUUAAAUCAUCAGCAACAAAUUGAAUUAUGUGCAUAGGUCACCCCACGGGAAAUCUAUGAAGGACUUUGUUCUAUUGCUGAUGAUUAGACACCGGGAGUGGAUAGAUGUAAUGCUUAUUUUUAUAAGCAAGCAUGGCCAGUGAUUAAACAAGAUAUAACUGAAGUUAUCCUACACUUCUUCAAAUAUGGUAAACUUUUCAGUCCUAUCAACUGUACUUCAGUUACCUUGAUCCCCAAGACUCCUAAUCCUGCUACUAUAAAAGAUUUUAGGCCUAUAGCAUGUUGCACUGUUCUUUACAAGAUUAUAUCUAAAGUCUUAACUGCAAGACUACAGAAAGUUAUUGCAACUGUUAUUAGUGAGGCACAAGCAGGUUUUAUCCCAGGUAGGAGAAUUGCAGAUAAUAUCAUCCUUGCACACGAGCUUAUUAAAGCUUACACAAGGAAGAAUAUAUCACCAAGGUGCAUGAUCAAAGUCGAUCUUCAGAAGGCAUAUGACUCAGUCGAAUGGAUCUACAUUGAACAAGUACUGGAGGGUUUACAGUUCCCAAGAAAAUUCAAAAAUGGAUCAUGGAGUGUGUACAGACAGUACAUUACUCAAUAGUCAUAAAUGGAGAACCAAAAGAACCUUUCAAUACUGCCAGAGGUCUGAGACAAGGGAAUCCCAUCUCUCCUUUUUUGUUUGCUGUGGUAAUGGAAUAUCUAAGUAGAAAUCUGAAUGAGUUGGGAGAAGAUAAGCUUUAUGCAUAUCAUCAAAAAUGUGCAAGACUGAAGAUCACACAUCUACGUUUUGCAGAUGACUUACUGUUAUUUGCCAGAUGUGACAAAAGAUCUAUUCAGAAGCUACAUGAAAGAUUCUUAAUAUUCUCUAAA